AUAUGAUUCAAAUACCUUAAAACACGACCUUUUGAGUAUAUUAAUCACCUCUAGGUUUACCCGAAAAUACAGGUUACAACAUUCUUGAUUUGUUUAACUUCUAAUACUUGUUAACCACCCUUGUAUCAUUUAAGACCAAUAGAGUUAACUUCUUAUCAUCUUAAAGAUAGUCUAUUCAUGGAUUUACGUCGACUACCUUACAGCAUGAACUAACGUACGUGCAUAUGCGUUGUAACAACAAGGUAAGGAAUCAAACCCUCACCAACAAGGUGAAAGUUAGGUAGCCAACUAACUGAGUUACUAAGAUCCCCGUAAGUCUUAACUAGUUCUUAGCUUUUGUUUAGAUCGAUAAGUGUCAUUUCCAAAACGUAUCAUUGGUCUUGGCUCUUAGUUGUGUUUUCAUUCGUUGCAGGUUGAACCAAUCCGGAACUUCUUUGCUGCUCUUUUUCUAUCCAGCAUUGGCAUGCUUAUCCAUGUUCAUUUUCUCUGGAAUCAUAUCGAUAUUUUACUGGCAGCUGUUAUAUUGGUCGUCAUUAUAAAAACUAUUGUAGUUGCCACAGUAGUCAAGGGUUUCGGUUACACCAAUAAAGCUGCACUUCUUGUUGGAAUGUCUCUGGCUCAAAUAGGGGAGUUUGCAUUUGUUCUUCUCAGUCGCGCCUCAAAUGUUCAUCUAAUUGAGGGUAAAGUGUAUAUGCUGCUUCUGGGCACAACUGCACUUAGCCUGGUUACAACACCUUUGCUUUUCAAGCUAAUUCCUGCUGUUGUGCACCUUGGUGUUCUACUGAGAUGGUUUUCCCCUGAUAUACCAAAUGAGAUUGGAUCUAAAGGAGAUAUCAUGCGUGCAGACAGUUCUAAGUGUAUUACUGUGCUGAUCCAAGGCCCUCAUGAUUCAUGAUAAUAAAUAGAAACAUGAACCAGUAAAGCGAUUCUCACACUUACCUGAUGGCAUUCUUAUGCUGGGGGACAGGUGCCCAAGAGUGCAAAGGCUGUUGACUGAUUGGACAAUUUAUCAUCAUGAAGCUCCUUUUAUGCGCCAAUCGGAUGGUUCUUUGAUAUAUCGGAAACUGGUCGCCAUAUGCAGAGUGUGUAUAGAUCUAUCUGCAAACAAUAUUCUGGCACUUGUUUCCUGGUACGGUGUUACUCCCCAAUGGACUACUCUGUACAACCCCGUCAUUUGUAAUGCAAUUGUUCAUAUUCUUUAAUCUCUAGUUUGAUUUUGUGGAAUUGGUGUCUUAAUCAGGUUUCUUAAUAUUUCAAGUUGAUAAGUGUAAAUAGCUGAUAUACAUACUAUUUUAGUGUUAGCAAUGAAGUCGUGCAUUUUAUUGUAUACCACUGAUCCUAUGACCUCCAUUUGUUUCACAAAUU